AUGAAUUUUCAACUAACACAAUCUUAAUAUGCAGUUCAACAAUAUUCUACAGAAAUUAGAAAUUAAGAUAGGUUUAAAUUUAUUAGUAACUUUUAGAGAAUCAAAAAUCAGUACUCUUAGAGAUAAGUAAAGACAAAGAAAUCUUUAGUAAUUGAACUAGAUCAAUUAUGAUUUUAAAUAAUUUGAUUCUCUAAUCAAAUAGUUUUAAGAUAUUACUUUGACAGAUGAAUUGAGGUUUGAAUUAUUAAAACCUGCAAUUCACUUUACAGAUGAUGGUAUUUUAAUAAUAAUAUUAUAUAGAUGAUAAUUCUCAUUAUGCAAUAAAAAUGUUAGUGGAAGCAAAUGAUGUUGUUUAUUUAUUAAAGGAAACAGUUUAUAAUGAAAACCUCUCACUUGAAUAUAGAUCUGAUUCAUUAUUGUUAUUAGCAUAAAUGAUGUAUAGUAAUUAUGAACUGUGUUCUGAGCUAUUAAAAUAAGGAAUACUUUAGUUACUAAUAGAUUUAGUUAAAAUUUCAUUUUAUCAUGAAAAUCAGAUUUUUCUAAGUCAUUCAUUAUUGGGAUUAGCUAAUUCUAUUACUCAUGAAUAGAAAAUUAGAUCUAUUUAUAUAGAAAAUUAAUUAGAUUAAUUGAUGUUACAAAUAUUGUAAAAAUAUGAUGAUUAAAAUAUAAAAAAUAAUAUUGCUAGAAUUAUGAAUGAUUGGUUUAGAAGUAGAUUAGAAACUAUUGAUAUUGAUCUUUUUACAUAAAUUUUGAAUCAUAUCCUAAUAAUUCCUUCAUAAAAUAAUUGUGAAUAUAAAGAAAAUGUAGUUUGGUUUGUUUAUGGUUUUAUUAGUCAAGUAUUAGAUUAACUUAAAGAUAUGAGUGAUUAAUUCAUUUAAUAAAUGAUGUCUUUACCUAAUUUGACCAGUUUCUUAAGAUAAAAAUUAUGUGAUAAGGAUCAACUUGGUAUUGUGGCAGGAAUAAGAACUAUUACUAAAAUCUUUAGAAAAGUAAGUGAUCAAAGUGUAUUAUAUGAUAUAUUAUAUGAUGAUCUUCGUAUAUUAUUUAGAAAUGGGUAAUAAUAUGAAGUCAACUUAGCAAAGAUAGAAAUAUUGAAACUUAUGUAAGUUAUGCAUUAACAUUCUAAAUGUUCAAUAUUUGCUUAAGAAUUUAAUUCAACACAACAUUAUUAUUUCUAUAAUUUAAAAUGUUAAGAAUUUACAUUAUUGGGUUUAGAGGUUUGUAAUAUAGAAAUAUUUGA